AAAUUAAGAUUAAGGUUGAAAAGUAAAAUAUUUAGACUUUUUGAGAUUAUAAAAAUUAUUUUUUACUAUAUUGUUAACAACGUGAGCUUCGAAGAAUGAUUAUGUGAAUUUUUAAAUGAUAAAAAAAUUUUAUAUUCAAAAUUGAGAAAUAUUAUGAUUUUAAAACAGUGUGAUUUUUUUAUGCAAAUAUCUUCGAAAUGGUUGAAUUUGCGGAAAUUUUAAAUCAGACCUUUUUUGUAGAGCAUUCGAUUUCCUACAAAAAAAAUGUAUAAAUAAUUUCUGAAUAUUCAUUAUUUAUACGAUAUAAAAUUCAGAACGAGCAAAAACAAGUUCUUCAAAUUGUAUCAAACUUUGACAUCGGAUAUCUUGUGAAUGGUUGAAUUUAUGCAAAAAUCAUAAGAGAUUUUUUUUGUAGAUCAGUAAAUUUGCUACAAAAUUUAUCGAAAGAUAUUUUCCGUAUCUUGAUUUUGUCGUAAGCUAUGUAUUUUUUACCAUGUUACUAAAUGAAAAAUCGAAAAUUAUCAAUAGUCACCUCUAAAUAUCAAUAUUGAGAGCUCAAAUUUUAACUGACACCAUAUUUUAAUAUAUCCUUUCGAUUUUUUAAAGUUCAUGAAAAAAAAAAAAAAAGUCCCCUAAUCUGAAACAGUCUAAUAUAUAUACAUAGAGACAAUCUAAAUUGUCUUCGUCGUCCUCAGCCUUGCAGUUUCCAUUUUUCCACGUCUCGUUGUCGUCUGAAACUACACAAGUCAUAGUGUCGUGGUCACAUGACUAAUUAUCUCGUUGACGCAUGUCCGUAAGGGUGAAGUGGGGACAGAGUCCCGAGGCUAGUCCUACGCCAAAUUUAUUGGUCAAUCACUUCGAUCCUCGAUCAAUUAGUAAUAAGACGUUUAUCUACUAUUGUAAUAUACUAGCAACUUACUUGCGAUUCUGUUAACUCGGGUAAUCUACUUGCAUUCUUUAUAACUCGAGCAACUAACUUGCGUAACAUUUAACAUUACUGGCAAUUUACUUGCAUUAUAAUUUUAUUCUAUAUUUAUUAUUUGUGAUGAAUAAAGUUCAGUUUCUUCAAUUAUUAUCUUACGUGACCAGCAAUAUACUCGCAAUAUAAAACUACACUGUGUCAUGCGCCCAUCUAUAUUAUAUCCAGCUUUUACAUAUUUUUGUAAGUAAUUAAAUAUUGCUGUAAUUAGCAAUAAACAAUCAUUGUAACUGCUAAUCCUUUGACGACAUAUAUUACUUUUUAUCCUGUUUAUAUCUUAUUCUACUGAUGAAAUUCUUGAAUAAUUAAGUAAAAGUAUUAUUAAUUAAAUUACAACUAAUAAUUCAACCAUCAAUAAGAAAGAUUUAUAAUUUUAUAAGCCGUGAGGUACAAUAAAAUUUGUUAGAAGCAAGCCUAAGUCAGGGUUCAACCCGCGAAUUCAGAUGAAUGCUGGUGGCAAUUGCGAAGAUAAAAAAUGAUUUGUAUCAAUGUUAUUUCAAUUUUGAUUGAUGUUUCCUUCAAUUUUUAUACUAUAGUUCUAAAUUCAAUUAAUGCAGAUUUAAAAAAAAUUGUUAAAUUUUUUUUCAUAAUCCUGAAAAAUGCCACUAUUUUAACUUCUUAUAAAAUUAUUCAAAUGAGAAAGACAGAUAAAAUUAUUCUCAAAUAUUUAAAAAAUUGCUGAAUUCCUAAUAAAUGAAAUGCAUUUCUGCCCAAAUUUUAAUAAUUAAUAAUACUAUUGGAAUUAUUAUUUUCCGAUGGAAUCCGAUUAAAACAUAAAAUGACAUUGAAUCGGAUUCAAUUGGAGUUUUUAUUCGGGCGUUGUUUCGCGUUCUAUUAUUCGCGAUUUGUAAUCUGUAACACGUCUAAUUUAAAUCUAUUUGCCGCUUAAAUCCUAUGCAUAUUCAACUACAUAGAUGCGAAUCAGUUGAAAAUUAAUGCAAGCAGUUGAAAAUGGAUGCAAAAGUCGAUAUAGAAUUGAAAAAAAAUUUACGAGAAGGUGUUAAUCCUCUAAGUGCCUUUACAUUUUCAUGGGUUUUGAAGAUAUUUUGGACAGGAUUCAAACGGGAUUUGGAAGUCGAGGAUCUUCCUAGGCCGCUGAAAGAACACAAAAGCAGUGUACUGGGUGAUAAAUUAUCAGCAGUAUGGAAUAAAAAAGUCAAACAAUAUUACGCGAACAAAAAAUUAAUCGAAAAAUCAGGCAGAUUAAACAGUAAUUCAAAAGGGAAGCAUAAAAAAAUAAAAAAACCUAGUUUACUGAAUGCAUUGAUUAGAGUUUUUGGUGCUCGGUAUACUCUUUAUGGAAUCGCCUUAGGUUUUGAGGAGCUCGUUGUCCGAGUUCUGCAGCCACUAGCUCUAGUAGGUCUUUUACGUUUCUUCACUACGCCAGAUAUAAGCAAAACAGAAGCAUUUCUAUACGCUGGUGGAGUGAUAAUGUGUUCAGUAAUAAAUAUCAUUAUAUUACAUCCCUCAUUUUUGGCGAUUUUUCAUAUGGGUAUGAAGCUACAGGUAGCAUGCCGCUCACUGAUUUACCGUAAAGCCUUGAAGCUGUCGAGAACGGCUCUAGGUGAAUCAACAGCUGGCCAAGUUGUUAAUCUUUUAUCGAAUGACGUGAAUAAAAUAGAUCCUGCUGUGAUAUUUUUUCAUUAUCUUUGGAUUGGCCCUGUUGGAACUGUUAUCAUGACGUACUUAAUGUAUCAAGAGGUUGGUGUAGCCGCGAUAAUUGGAGUAGCAUCUCUCCUGAUGUUUAUACCUCUACAGGUAUGGCUCGGUAAAAAAUCAUCAAUUUUACGUUUACGAACGGCAAUACUCACUGACGAGAGAAUACGGUUAACCAAUGAAAUCAUCAGUGGUAUUCAAGCUAUCAAAAUGUACGCUUGGGAGCAUCCCUUUAGUAAUUUCAUUGAAGUUGCACGUAAAAAAGAAAUGCAAGUUAUAAGACAAUCAUCAUACAUACGUGGUGUUAUCAUGUCUUUUUUGAAUUUUUCAUCUGGUUUAUCAUUAUUUAUUACAAUAUUGGCUCAUUUAUUAUCAGGUCAUCAAAUCACUGCUGAAACAGUAUAUAUGCUAACGGCAUAUUACAGUAUUUUGCGGCAAAUUAUGACGCUAUUUUUACCACUAGGGUUAAGCGCAGUAGCUGAAAUUUUAGUGUCAAUUAAACGUCUUGAGAAUUUUUUGAUGUAUGAGGAAAUGGAAGUAAAUAAUAAUGGUAGUAGUAAAAAUAGUCAAAAUAACUUAGGUAAAAAUUCAAGGGAAAAUAAUAUAGAUUCUGAUGAUAAAGACACGAAGGAUGAAGAAAUGGUUGAAUUGCUAGCAAAUUUCAACGAGGGGUCUAUAUCACUUAAUGGGGUUUAUGCUAAAUGGUUGGGCUCUGAUCGUGAAGAUACAUUAAAAAAAAUCAAUAUACAUAUUGAACCGGGUCAAUUGGUGGCUGUAGUUGGGCAAGUUGGUUCGGGUAAAACAAGCUUACUCAAUGCUAUUCUCAAAGAGCUUCCAGCGCACACGGGAAGUGUUGAUGUAGGCGGUAAAGUAGCUUACGCGAGUCAAGAACCCUGGUUAUUUGCUAGUUCAGUAAGGCAGAAUAUACUCUUCGGGCGUCCAUGGGAUGCUAGAAAAUAUGAUAAAGUUGUCAAAGUAUGUCAGCUAAAACGAGAUUUUUCACUAUUCCCAUAUGGCGACAAGACAAUUGUCGGUGAACGCGGUGUAAGUUUAUCUGGUGGACAGAGAGCGCGUAUCAAUUUAGCACGGGCUGUUUACUCGGAUGCACCGAUAUUUUUACUAGACGAUCCACUAAGUGCAGUAGACGCGCAUGUGGGUAAACACAUGUUCGAAGAGUGUGUUGAAAAGUACUUGAAUGGAAAAACAAGAAUACUUGUAACACAUCAGAUACAAUUUUUAAGCAAUGUUGAGAAGAUAAUUGUCAUGAAGGAUGGUGCUAUUAUUGCUGAAGGCAGUUACAAUAAACUAGUGAAGAUGGGUGUUGACUUCGGUCGUUUACUCGACUCAGAACCAAAAGAAGAGUCUGAAGAAACUAUGUCUCAGCCAAGAAGCAUUACGGGUUCACGAAAAGUAAGUGUUGCAUCAAUUAAUUCAGUGAUGACUAAUGAUGCUACAGCUCAGGGUCAAGCCGAGCCUGAAGAAGUUGCUGAGAUGCGUUCUAAAGGUUCGAUUGGCGGACAUAUCUACGCAUCUUAUUUCAAAGCUGGUGGCAAUGGUUGCCUGAUUUUCAUGGUAUUGCUACUAUGUAUACUAGCUCAAUUUGCAGCAAGUAGUGGAGAUGUAUUCGUUGCAUAUUGGGUAAAUCGUGAACAAGAAAACAGUAAUAAUUUCACCUUGAGUAGUUUAACUCAAACUCCUAAUCAAAAAUCUGGAUUGUCAGAUUCAGAAAGAUUUACUUGUAUUUAUAUUUUCACAGCAUUGACAGUGUUUACAAUUAUUAUAACAUUUACAAGAUCCUUUGGGUUUUUCAAUUUGUGUGUACGUGCUUCUGAACGUUUGCAUGAUAAAAUGUUUCGUAGCAUUAGUCGCGCACCAAUGAGAUUUUUUAACACAAAUUCUUCUGGACGUGUGUUGAAUCGCUUUUCUCGGGACAUGGGUGUUAUCGAUGAAUCUCUGCCAAUGGCUAUGAUCGAUUGUAUACAGGCAGCCAUGUCGCUCAUCGCUACUAUUGUCAUUGUUGCUUCUGUCAAUGUCUGGCUACUGAUACCUACAAUCAUUAUUUUCGGUGUAUUUUAUGGUUUACGGGCUGUUUAUAUACCUACAAGCCGUAGUGUUAAACGACUUGAAAGUAUAACAAGAUCACCGGUAUAUAGUCAUUUGAACACAACACUGCAAGGUCUGCCAACAAUACGUUCAUUCAAUGCGGAAGAAAUACUUACUAAAGAAUUUGAUCACCAUCAGGAUCUCCAUUCUUCCGCGUGGUAUAUUUUUAUAGCAUCGUCACGUACCUUCGGCUAUUGGCUCGAUCUCUUUUGUCUUAUCUACAUCAGCCUUGUAACUACUAGUUUUUUAUUCAUGACUACCGACGACAAUGACAAAUAUGAAGGUGGCAAUGUUGGUCUAGCAAUUACACAAAGUAUCGGAAUAGCUGGUAUGUUUCAGUGGGGAAUGCGACAGGCCACUGAGGUGGAGAAUCAAAUGACUUCAGUGGAGCGUGUGCUUGAGUAUACCAAUAUUGAGAGUGAACCAGCACUCGAGAGUUUACCGGAAAAAAAACCUAAAGAUGACUGGCCGUCGAGAGGUAAAGUCGAAUUUAAACGCGUUUACUUGGCUUAUUCCCCAUUAGAACCACCGGUACUCAGGAAUCUCAACUUUACUAUUGAGCCACGUGAAAAAAUAGGAAUUGUUGGACGCACUGGAGCAGGAAAAUCUUCCCUAAUAGCUGCCUUAUUCCGGCUUGCUGACAUUGAGGGUAACAUUGAGAUUGAUGGUGUAGAUACCGGUGAAAUCGGACUCCACGAUUUUCGCGUCAAGAUAAGCAUAAUUCCACAAGAGCCUUUUUUGUUCUCCGGUACAUUGAGAAGAAAUCUUGAUCCCUUCGAACAGUAUCCAGACAGUAUACUCUGGUCGGCAUUAGAAGAUGUCGAACUCAAAGAAAUGGGCCUUGAGGGCCACGUUAAUGAAGGUGGUACUAAUUUAAGUGUAGGACAACGGCAGUUAGUUUGUCUUGCGCGUGCUAUUGUUAGAAAUAAUAAAGUUCUUGUACUCGAUGAAGCCACCGCUAACGUUGAUCCACGGACGGAUGAAUUUAUCCAGAAGACUAUUAGACGCAAGUUUGCCGAUUGCACGAUUCUCACAAUUGCCCAUCGACUCAAUACUGUUAUGGACAGCGACAGAAUAUUAGUCAUGGAUGCCGGUUCUGCUGUGGAAUUUGAUCAUCCUUAUAUUUUACUUCAGAAUGAGGAUGGAUAUUUAUCAAAUAUGGUUAAAGAAACUGGCGUAACAAUGAUAGAAGCGCUUAAAAAUGUUGCUAAGCAAAACUAUGAACUUCGUAUGCCACCUGUUACGAUAACGAGUUGAUGCUUACGUUUCUUAUUUAAAAUCACUUGCCAUUGCCAAAUUAUUAUUUUAAUGAACUUAUAAAUACUUUCAAUUUAGUAGGUUUUUUUUUACAUGUCUGUACAGAACAAAUUAGUAUGUAACCAACUUAAUCGAACUUGCCUAAAAAAAAAAACCGAUUGUACUUAAUUUUCGAUCUAUCAAAUUUAAUUGAGAUUAUGAUUAAAGAUUCUCAUUUUUUUAAUUUACGCCUUAUCAUAAUUAAAAAUAUUGACUUAUAUUAAGAACUGCAUUAGAACGUCGAUUAUAAAUUGAAAUUGUACAUUAUUAUGU